GCCGUAUUGAAUUAUUAUAACUUAUUCCAAAAAUGUUCAAAUAUCUAAUUAUUUGAUUAAAUAAUAUUUUAAGAUAGUGCUAAUUAAUCAAACUAAAAUGAAUGUGCUUGAAGAGAAACUUUUGAUAUAUAAAAAUAAAUUAAAAAGGGUCAAUGAGCAAUUAAAAUCCCUGAAUGACGAAAAAAACAAAAUACUUGAUGAAAUAGAGUUUUUAAAUAGUAAAAUUCAAGUAGAGAAAAGUAAAGAACUGGGAAAUAAAGAUUGGAGUACACCUGAUUUUCCAUGGUCUACAAAAGUCUUGGAUGCUCUUACAAAUGUUUUUAAACUACCAGAAUUUCGGCCUUUACAACUUAGUACUAUAAAUAGUAUAAUGUCUGGUCAUGAUGUUAUUUUAAUAAUGCCAACCGGAGGUGGAAAAAGUUUAUGCUAUCAGCUUCCUGCAGUAAUUUCUGAUGGUUUAACUUUAGUUAUAUCUCCAUUAAUUUCUUUAAUGGAGGAUCAAAUAUCAGCUUUGCGAAAAAUGAAUAUACCUUGCCAGUUGUUGAGUUCAUCGUCUUCAAAAGAAGAAAAUAAUGCAGCAUUAAAAGAAAUGGUAACAAAAGGAUCAAAAUUGAAAUUAUUAUAUGUGACACCAGAAAGAUUGGCACAGAGUAAAAGAUUUAUGUCUAAUUUACAAAAAUGUUAUAAUCAAAAAAUGUUGGAUAGGAUUGCUAUUGAUGAAGUGCAUUGUUGUUCACAGUGGGGACAUGACUUUAGGCCUGAUUAUAAAUAUUUGAAUAUUCUUAAAUCUACUUUUCCUGGUGUACCAAUUAUGGGACUAACAGCCACCGCAACUUUCAAAGUGACUGUUGAUGUACAAAAAAUGUUAAAGUUAGAAGGAUGCUUGCUGCUAAAAGCAUCUUUUAAUAGACCAAAUUUAUUUUAUCAGGUUCUUGAAAAACCAGCUAAAUCUGAAGAUUGUAUGGAUCUAAUAGCAAAAUUACUAAAAGUACGAUAUGCAAAUCAAUCUGGUAUUAUUUACACAACUACAGUUAAGGACACUGAAGUUAUAAGGGAUGAAUUGAAAAAGAGAGGUUUAAAUGUUGGAUGCUAUCAUGCUAAUAUGGAUCCUAAACACAGAUCUAAAACAUAUGAAAAAUGGAUGGAUAAUACAUAUCAAGCUGUUGUUGCAACUAUUGCCUUUGGUCUUGGAAUUGAUAAACCUGAUGUAAGAUUUGUAAUUCAUCAUGCUUUAAGUAAAUCCAUGGAAAAUUUUUAUCAGGAAAGUGGAAGAGCAGGUCGUGAUGGUAAAAGAUCAGAAUGUGUUCUCCUUUUUAAAUUAAGUGAUAUUUUCAAAUUGAGUCCUAUGGUUUUUAGUUCAAAUACAGGAAUUCCAAACUUAUAUGGCAUGCUGGAAUAUUGUGUUGAUACACAAAGAUGUAGACGAACUAUAAUAGCAGACCAUUUUGAAGAAAUGUGGGAGAGUUCUCAUUGUAUAAAAAUGUGUGAUUACUGCAUUCGACCAAAUCAGAUAUCUAGAACAUACAACCUUUUGCAGUACUUCCCAGCCAUUAAAAGAAUUUUAAAUUCUUUCAGUGAACCUAUGACUGCUUUAAUGCUAGUAGAUUCUUGGCUACACAAAGGUGCAGUUAAAUUUAGACUGAAGGAUGAAAAGCCACCAAAUUUAAGCCGAGAACAAGCAGAGUGUAUUAUUGCUUGGAUGCUUAUCAAAGGGCUCUUAACUGAAGAUUUUCAUUUUACACCAUAUAACACUAUUAGUUAUAUUCAUACAGUACCUGAUUCAAAACUGCCAAAGGUUGAAAAUAAUGAAUUAUUAGUUCCAUUCACAAUGUGGUCAAAAUUCGAUUCGAAUGUGCCUCCGCCUUCUAGCAUGGAAAAUAUAUCGAACAGUAUAGUAGAAAUAAAAUGUGAUCCAAAUUUGCUAUGUGAAUUAAGACAAUCAUCACAAGAUACAAGUGAAUCAAAAUCGUCAAAUAAAUUAUCAUCAAAUAAAUCAUCAUCAAAUAAAUCAUCUUCAAAUAAAAAAACUGCUAACAAUAAGAAAAGAAAUGCAACUAGUUCUUCAAAGCAUCAAACAAAGAAAAUGAAAACCAGUGUUGUAAAACAUGAAACUGAGGAUACUAUAAAAAGUGAACAAAGCGAUCAAUCAAUUAUUGAAAUAGAUGAUUAAUAAUUUGGAAAACUAUUUGAAGACGAUGUAACAAUAUAAGAUUUGUGACGUUGAAUCACAUAUAUGUCGGUAAAUGAUGUUUUCCUGUUUCGGAAAAACUCAACUAGUAUUUAUUUGCCAUCAUUUACAAAGCCGUGGGAAUAGCUAAACCUAAUAGAGUCUCCAUUCCAUUUGUAAGCAAUUUAUACAUACCCACAUAUAUAUGCAAAUAUAUAUAUAUAUAUAUAUAUAUAUAUAUAUAUAUAUAUUAUUUUUAAAUGCUGGACCAUGUUUCUUCUAAAUUUGAGUUUAAUGUUGCCAUUCUUUCGAUAUCGAAUCAUUAGUUUUAUGUUUUUAUAAGGUGUAUAAUUAUUUCAUAAGACUGUCACUGGAGAAAUAUGUUAUUUAUUAAUUUAAUAUUAAUUUAAAUAUAUACAUUAGCCACACUAUGUAUUAAAUUGUAUCAUAAAU